UUUCUUGUGAGGGCGACACGAGUGGUCACAGCAAGGGCGGAUACCCAAAGGAUCUAAGGGAGAGGAGUCGCUGCUUUGGAAAGAGAAAAGAGGAUACAGCUGGGGGAACAAAAAAAAAACAACAAAAAAGAGGCAUGACAUAGCCAGAGAAAUGAGUAUCCACCAGCUGAAUGAAUGUGUGAAAAUCUUGAGCUUUAACCAACGUACCUAAGACGAGGGACCUACCCCAACCGAACCAAAGUACUCCCAUACCAAAGAAACUUAAACCAAACCAAAAGGCCUGAAGCCUCAAUUUAUAGAGCAUAGCACAGAAUAUUGUCAAGAAUGAAGCUGGAUAGCACGCCUGGAGACAUGAGCGGGUGGAAGGAGCUGGACUUCGCCCUCAACUGCACCUACAUCGUGCCGGACCAGGUGUCGGACCCCAGCUUCAGCCUGCCCAAAGCCAUGACCUCCAUCCCGCGCAACCUCACCUUCGAAUACAGCACAGACAACGAGGUGACAGGCGUGUUCAGCAAAGAGUACAUUCCUCAGGGUACUCGCUUCGGCCCACUGCAAGGAGACAUCUACACCAAAGACAACGUACCCAAACACGCCAACAGAAAAUACUUCUGGAGGAUUUACAGCGGUGGGCACCUUCAAAAUUUCAUUGAUGGCUGUGACGUCAACAGGAGCAACUGGAUGCGUUACGUCAACCCGGCCCGUUCGCUCGCCGAACAGAACCUGGUGGCGUGCCAGAACGGCCUGGACAUCUACUUUUACACAAUCCGGCCCGUGGAGCCCAAGCAGGAGCUGCUGGUCUGGUACAGUCAGGAUUUUGCCCAGAGGCUCUGCAGCCAGCAGGAGGACAACAAACAGAAAUACACAAGCACUGAUGAAGAGCCCAGGUACACCAAACAGCAACUACCUCAGCAGACGUGGCACAGAGAGCGAACAAAAGACGAGGUAAAAGAGGAGAGAGACGAAGACGCCGAAGAGAAGAUUGACGUGGAGAUGUUGGAGAGAGACACUCCGCCUGACACGCCUGACGAGCAGAUAAUGGACUUCAGCAAAAAGAUCGAGAGGGACGAUAAGGAUGCCGAGGGCAGGGGGAUCAUUCCUUCACCUCAGCCUGAGCACAGAGAGCACAGCAUGGGCUUAAAUCGUCCUUUCUUACCAGAUCCCCACUCUGCACUCCCGGCCCCGCAGAGAAAUCUCCCCCUUCACCUCCAUGGCCUCUACGGUCACGGAGAGGGCCUUGUCUCAUCUUACCCCCUCUACCCCCAGUCCAGGCCCAUUCAUCCGUCCUACCAGUUCAUUCCUCCCUACAACCCGCACUAUCCUCGCCUCCUUCUGCCCUCGUACUCCCCGCCCUUUCCUGGCAUGCUGCCGCCAAGAGGAUCCCUCCGGUACGGCAACUACCUGGGCACAGAUGGACUCCCGUACCCUCCCAUCGCCCCCCCGAACAUGCUCCCGGUGUCCCACCCCUUCUCCCCAUCUCCUCAGGGAGGUCUGAAGGAGCUGACGCCCAACGUCUCGCCGCCGAGAGGCGCCCCAGCCACCCCGGAGCUCUCCCCGGCUGCCAAGCCCGACAGCCACCACCAGUCUCCCGAGCGGUCUCCGUCCGCCUGCGAGGAAGCCAUGAACCUGAGCCUGGCUACAACUAAAAGCAGCACAGCGUCACGCAACAGCCCCGGUCACAAGUCCCUGCCCUAUCCACUGAAGAAGCAGAACGGAAAGAUCAAGUACGAAUGUAACAUCUGCUCCAAGACAUUCGGGCAGCUGUCAAACCUCAAGGUCCAUCUCCGAGUGCACAGUGGCGAGAGACCCUUCCAGUGUAACUUAUGCAAAAAGAGCUUCACCCAGUUGGCUCACCUCCAGAAACAUCACCUGGUCCACACGGGAGAGAAACCACAUGAGUGCCAGGUGUGUCACAAACGCUUCAGCAGCACCAGCAACUUGAAAACGCACCUGCGGCUGCACUCGGGGGAAAAACCUUACCAGUGCAAGCACUGCAACACCAAAUUCACCCAGUACAUCCACCUCAAGCUGCACCGCCGCCUCCACAGCAGCCGCGACCUCCCCUACCGCUGCCAGCAGUGCGCCCAGACCUUCUUCCACCGCUUCUCCCUCUGCAUGCACCAGCGCAGCUGCUGCCGGGCCAGCUCCAACGCUCCCAUCAAUGUGCACAUGAAGGAGAUGGUGGAGCGGUUCGAUGCCAGCCAAGAGGCCGACACGCUCGCAGAGUCGGCGUCGCCGUCUCAGGUCGGGGAGGCCGUCGAGCACUGGCUGGCCCGCACCUUGGAAGGCGAGGGAAAGGAGGACCAGACUGAGGCCAGCAUCCUGCUGAAGGCUCUGAUGGCGGCCAUUAACGCCCCCGCGAUGCCCGCGGCCCAGUCGGCUGUUCCUGCGUCCCACUAUAGCCCUCCUCUCGCCUGUCAGGAGAGGGCCAGCGUCGUCCACCUCCACAAGCGGCCAAUGGUGAAAUCAGAAGGACAGUGAAAAGGAUUUGAGUCAGAGAACAUGAAGAUGAACACGUGGCAUAUAUCUACCAAGAGAAUAGGUGUCGCCAAAUAACGUUCCCCAUUAUGCCUAAGGGUCGUAGCAGGGAAUAUGAACUUUCCUAAUCCAAUGAGCACAGCACCAAAAGAAGAGCAUUCCAAAGACUGAGCGAGGGCAUUCAGUGAUUGUGCUUCCUCCCAGAGCUCAGUUUAAUAAGUUAAAAGAGCGAGGUGUCAUUAAGCUGUGAAGUAUUUAAAAAGUCUUUUCACUCAGGUAGAGAAUCGUUUGCUUUUUUUGUGCUUUAACUUAUUCCUUUUUUUUAAAAAAAAAAUUGAGUCGUCCAUAUUUAUUUAGUUGUAUGAUAGAUUGUUUUCUGUUAGUUUUCCUACAUGUUGAACAAGUCUUCACUUGUUAUAUUAUGCUGUUCUUAGCUUGUGUGACAGCUUUCGGGUACAUAUGUUUGUCAGGACACAGUGAUAGCACAAACCAGCCUCCUGCUCUUCAACUGUGAUUAUUUUAUUUAUUUAUGAUUGAAAAAGGGAAAAAAACAAAUAAAUCAGGUGUCCUGAAACUGUGUAAUAAUAAGCGUUUUGCCAAAAUUACAAUCAUGGAACGUGAAUGUGUAGCACCGAUUUUGGAUCAUCGUUCAGGUCUUCCUAACAUGAGAAGGGAGGAAAGAGAUUCAGACAGAUGAAGCAUUACUGAUCCAUCACAAGAAACAAAAUAUGACGUAUUCAGCAUGAACACAGCUAUUUAUUCCGAUACAGCUCGUAUCAGCUUAUCAGCUUCUUUUUUUUUUUUUUUUUACUGCAUUGAGAUGAGUCAGAUGAUUCUUACACAGAAAGCUUUACUGCAAAUGUCUGUAAACACGAGCUUCAUCCAAAUCUCCAUUCAGGCAUUGGUACCUCAUAUUCAGCUUUGAAAAAACAAAUAGAGCCAAACAGGUGCACAGUUUUUUUUGUUUUUGUUUUUUUAGUCCAUUACAUAUGUUUAGAGAUUGGUUUGCUUUUGGUAUCUCCAGGAACCUUCCUUUACAAUUUUACUACUGAGUCAGUAAUGUACUUCUUUUAUCAUUUUGUAGUUCUUUUGUACAGUAUGUUUGUUUGUAUGUAGUUUAUUUUUGCAAACAGGGAAUGAGAUGUUGAGAAUUUAUAUGUAAGAAACUAUUUUGAUGAUACUUUUAUAUAAACAUGAUGUAGCAUAUUAAAGAUAUUGUUUCUAUACA